GCUGCUUUUAGACAGUAGAUGUUAAAGAGUUUGACUUCAUUCACAGAACUAGCAUGAAUUGGUUCUCCUUGACUGCAAGAGUGAACCAAAGUGAGUUUUUAAUAUCGAUUUGUCAAUGGACAUUAUGGUAUCUGUAGUCAGCAGCGUUGUUAAGUCCACAGUAGCAUAAGGAGACGUCUGGGGUGAUUAAUCAUACAGGUACUUCUGUUGCUGCUGGUAUAAAGUCACAGCUUUCCAGCUAAAGUCUAGAGAUAACUGGUCUUAGCCUUGGAUUGAAGUUGUCUUUAAGCUGGAACAUCAGGUCGACUGCCACCGGCAGCACCUCUCCACUAAUAAAGGACACAUCCCUGCAUAAUAAUAAUAAUAGACAAUAGUGUUUGGUUUAAUUGAUGUUGUUUGGACAAGCAACCAACUGUUACUCUACCGAUAACCAGUUGACGGACCAGUAAAGCAGGUUCUGUGCAACCGUUACAAUUUCUGCCAUCUCUCUUCCAACGCAAUUUGAUUAAUGUCUGUAGAUUCCGUGAUAACUUCAAUGUAGAGUUUCUUCUUUUUUGUGUGUAUGUUUGUAUCACUUUUCCCACGUUGCGACGCGUUGGUCCUCAGCCUCGCUCGCCAGUGGACGGUGGAGGAUGAGGAGGAGGUGGAGAGAGAGAGGAGGAGGAAGGUGAAGAGUACGAGCUGCGACGGCGACGGCGACUUCAGCCCGACAACCGGAGACGUGUCUCCCAGGGACAGCGCCUUCGGGACGGACUCCACGAGUGAGACGUCCCAGGGCCUCAGCAGUAUGGAUCAGAUCCAGCUGGACUUUGUGGAGAUGCUGCGUGUCCGAGAUGAGAGGCGGAGGAUGAGGCACGUGGAGACGCUGAGGCAGCAGAAGGAAGAAGGGGAGGCCUGCACAGGAGGAGGCAGGGUGGAGCUGCUGGGGGACUUGGAGGAACAUCAGGCCAGUGUGUUGCCCUCUGUGAAAGCCCCACCCAGACCACCCGCCCCCCAAAACACAUCCUCCUACACCCGCUCCAACAGCAGCGGCAGCAAAACCAGCACGCACACCACAAACAAACAACCCGAAAACGGAGAGUCGACGAGCAAACACCCGGAUCCCAAGCCGCCCUCCAACCCGGCUCGCAAGUUUGUCAGCUCGGUCUCCAUCUCAUUCGACAAAAGCCCCUCGGCCAGCGGGUGCACGAGUCCCAUGAGCCCUCGCUCUCCCACGGCCCCGCGAGAACACAGGCCGUCGCCUUGCCAGACGCCCUCUCCCGGCAGGCCGCAGAGCCCCGAUCACAGCGGACACAUGGGGGAGACCAGGAUGAAUGGCUCUUCCUCCGACGGCAGCUUCGAACAGACGGCCAAACCUGCGUUGGUCAGACAGAGCUCCAGGACUAUAUCCUUCAGGAUGAUGAGGAAGAAAGAAGAGGAGAGUGCGCCGCUGCAGAGGAGUGCGAGCGUGAGGACGGCCUACAAGAUGUCUGAAUCCAACACAGACCAAAAUGAAGAUGAAGACAAAUCCUCGUCUUUCCAGAGAAACUCCAAGCAGAGGAUCUCAUCCAGAUCCAUCAAGGAGAAGAUGGAGCGACUGGCUCAGGCUGCACAGAAGUCAGAUAUAACGCGGUCUCCGGACGUGACCCAGAGGACCCUGUUCCUGCUGGACGAGGUGUCCAGGAAGAGAGGCCUCUUUGAGAAGGAGCAGCAGGCAGCGAGCCCCACCAGCCCGGGAGUUUCCAGACAGGAAUUUAGGAGCUUCAGAUCAGGAAUGUCUGACCGGAUCAACCGCUGGCUCAACAAGACCAACGAAACGGGGUCCACACACAAUCCCACUGACUUGAGACAUGUGGACAUCAUCAGUAAGAGGAGCCUGUUUGAGAGCAAAGACGAGGGCAGUGUGCCAAAUAACAGCCGUGGAAAAAUCUAAAAUUGAUUCUCAACAGGAUUUAGUGGACGUGAUGGGGCACAAAGGGAACUAGGAGAUUAAUGGACUGAUCCAUUCUUUUUUCACGCUUUUUCUUCACUGCCAAAGCAACAGAUUUGCCAAAUUUGAGAAAACAGUGAGUUGUAGUUUUUAAAAAGGACUGAAAUGGAGAUUACUGCUUUUAAAGUUAAGACGCUUCAAUCAUACGCAAUGCUUCUUAAAGUACAAAUAUGUCUCAUUUCAAACAUCCAAAAAGGUUUACCGGAAGAGGAGGAGUUACAGAAAUGUAAGGAGAAAGAUGUUGAAAUAUUUGUUUUAAAGCUCUCUUUUUAUUUACUUAAUUUGUGUAUAAUUUUCAAGCACUUUAAGUGGGUGAAGGUCUUUAGGCCAAUAAUGCCUAUUUUUAGUAGUGAGGCUUCUGCAGUUGCAAUUUCACAUUUUUGUUUAAUUCGACAAAAUAUAGUUUUUGUUCUGUGUCGUUGUGGCCUGUCUAAGAAAUAAAACGGUUUUAUUACCUCA